AUGACUCGCAUAACGACUGAACCCCGCCUGGAUCUGCACCUGAGGGAUAAGGUUAUUUCCAAGCGUUACCGUCUUUUUAAGGCUCAAGAAGGUCGAGCGCAGCUAGAACUGUCCUUGGUCUUCAGAUCAGAACAGCCCGAGGACCGUUCGAUCGUGCAGCUGGGAUCGCCCGUCAAGAUCAGUUCUCUUUCGGAACUACGCCAAAUCGAAGAGGUACAGUAUCUGGGGCGUUUGUUCUGA